AUGGGGACCGCGGAACGAACAGCAUUCCACGCGUGGUACAACAAGGCUGUGGAAAAUAACUAUGUAUUUGAGUUCGACAAGGAGUUGAUCGAUUAUUGCCGAAGCGACGUUGACAUUCUUCGAAGAGCCUGUUCGGCGUUCAGAGAUAUUUUUCUCACACAGGGGCGUGUCUGUCCGUUUUCGCAAAGCACCACCAUCGCGUCUGCGUGUUCGGUGCUAUUUCGGCAGAAUUCCCUGCAAGACAAUACCAUCGGGAUUAUACCGUCUCGCGGGUAUCGGAUGACCGACAAUCAGUCCACCAAGGCGGUCGAGUGGCUCGUCUGCGAAAAACGCGAAAUCGGUAUAGAGAUAAUGCACGCGGGUCGCUGCAGGGAGUAUCGUAUCCCGGAAACGGGUCGCCCUGUGGACGGUUACUACGUGACCGAGGAUGGUACCAGACACGUGCUCGAAUUUCGUGGGUGUUACUGGCACGGAUGCCGAAAUUGUUUCACAGCGAAUCGCGACGAAGAACUGGUGGCUAAAGAUUGCAUGAAUAAGCGCUUCGAGAAAACCCGCGCGAAGACCGUCAGAAUGCGUGCGCUCGGUUACGUCGUGACGGAGAUGCGGGAGUGCGUUUUCGCCGAGAUGCUGAAGAACGACGCGGAACUGCGAGCGUACGUGGAGCAACACCCGUUGAUCGUCGCGAGAAACGAAAAGUGUUUAAAUCCUCGCGAUGCGUUCUUCGGCGGUCGUACGAACAACACGAAACGGUUCUACGAGGUUGCCGAGGGGGAGCGAAUUCGCUAUGUGGAUGUUUGCUCCCUGUAUCCGUGGGUAUGCAAAAACGGGCGGUACCCCGUUGGACAUCCCAAGGUGCACGUGGGGGAUUCCUGUAAGACGUUGACAGGGCCCGACAACGCAAAUCUAGACGCGGUAGAGGGCCUCGUGAAAUGCGUCGUGCUUCCGCCGCAAAAUCUCUACCACCCGUUGCUGCCGGUCCGCAUGCACGGCAAAUUGAUGUUUCCGUUGUGUCGCACGUGUUGCGAGAAUUCGACACCCGACGAUUGCCCGCAUGCGAACGGAACCGACCGCUGGUUGAGCGGUACAUGGGUGUCGGACGAAUUGAAAAAAGCGAUCACCCUGGGGUACAGAAUUGUCGAUGUCAACGAAAUAUGGCAAUACGAUAUUACUUCGUACGAUCCCACGACGAAGCAAGGCGGUUUGUUCGUCGGAUACAUAGACACGUUUCUCAAGUUAAAGCAGGAGGUCAGCGGCUGGCCGGCGGAAUGCGAUGACGAGACAUCUCGCCAACGCUACGUAGAGGAAUACGAGCGCGUCGGGAGGAUCCGCCUGGACGGGUGCAAGAUAGCUAAAAACGCCGGGCUGCGUUCGGUGGCGAAACUUUGUCUGAAUUCGUUUUGGGGUAAAUUCGGGCAGUGCGAUAAUCCACCGCGUACAAAGGUGAUCAACGAGCAGCAGAGGCUCUUCGAGCUUUCUACCGAUCCGGACGUCGGGAUUCACGAUAUUCUGCCCGUGAAUGAGCGGAUUCUUCACACGCGAUGGGGACGUACGGAGAAGGGUGCGAUAUCGUUGCCCAACACCAACGUCGUCCUCGCCGCCUAUACCACGGCCCAAGCGCGUUUGAAGCUCUACAGCUAUCUGGAAAAAUUGCAGCGUAGGGUAUUGUAUUUCGACACCGACUCUGUCAUUUACGUGGAGAGCGAGAACACCCGCGACAAAUACAAACCGCCGACAGGGAAUUUUCUGGGCGACUUGACGGACGAAGUGGCGGCUUACGGCCCCGGUCGACCAGGAUGGUUCGGUUCAUCCAACACCGCGGUGUUACACGCCCUUUGCGAAUUGAGCGGUCCUCAACGCUUGGCGCUACUGCGCGCUGCCGACGACAAUCUCGUGAGAAAUAUCUGCGAGUGCGCCCUCAACACUCUGAAGGGUAACGUCAAACUCAGCGAUCGUCAGAAAUCACGGCUGGGGAGACAUCGUAGAAUCUUACGUCGACUGGCCAGUAACCGCGGCAGUUGGAGAAGUAAGAAAAAAUUGCUGGUCCAACACGGGGGCUUCUUACCGCUAUUACUGGCGCCCAUCGAAACGGUGGAGCGGUUGCAACGACAACGUAACGGGGAAGAUGAAGCGAAAGAGACGGAAACAGAAGCACAAACGCAAAAACCAAAUACCGCGAACACCGUGAGCAGAUUAGACUGCGAGAUGAACGAUAUUCUUGCAUUGAAGGGAAAAUCUGAUCGCGAGAAAUGGCGAUUGUACAGUCUGGUAUUGAAUCGAUAUUUGUAUUUCGCCGGAGAAACGAGAAAACCGCUACAACUCAGUAUACGCGACGUGUCUGGACGAAGUCGAUAA